AUGGAGCUGCCAAGGCAGCGCCUUGGGGAAGCUGCCAAGGCAGCGCCUUGGGGAAGCUGCCAAGGCAGCGCCUUGGGGAAGCUGCCAAGGCAGCGCCUUGGGGAAGCUGCCAAGGCAGCGCCUUGGGGAAGCUGCCAAGGCCAGCGCCUUGGGGAAGCUGCCAAGGCAGCGCCUUGGGGAAGCUGCCAAGGCAGCGCCUUGGGGAAGCUGCCAAGGCAGCGCCUUGGGGAAGCUGCCAAGGCAGCGCCUUGA